AUGUUCGCCCUUAAUUGUAUUACUGCUAUGAGUCUACUUUAUUGUAAACAACGUUUUAUUCUUGGUUUCAAUCACGAAAUUUCUUGUUUUCCCGUUAUAGUGUUUUACUACCGGAACAUUGGUGACACGGGCAAAAAACAAGUUCUAAGGAAAAUUGAAAAGUAUAACCAAGAUCCUUUGAGUAUUAAAGAGGAGUUUGUUCCUCAAAGAGAUCGAGAAACACAGACAGAAGCAUUCCUAUUUUCCCACAAAAAACAAGAUGAUUCGAACGAAUCAAAAGACGAUAAAUUAUUUUGUAUUCUUUAUCCUGAAUUCAUCGGCUUAAGCAAAGUUCAACUUGGUGAACUUUUAACAGAGAAAAUUCAAAAAAUUGAGAAGCUUGAAGACAAAAAUCACAAGUUGGAAGUUGCAAUGAAAGCUCUUCUCUGA